GGGUGAUGAAAUGUCGUUGGACUAGUUAACUGCAGCUCUGCAUUUGGCGAGCGAGAUAUGGACCGAAGUUUGGACGGAAGAUCCACAGCGGGAAGAGAAGCAACACCAGCUCGUUUCCCCCCUCACGCCCCAUUAUUUCCAACCCCAAACACUAACGUUUAGUCCGUUUACCCCACAAUCUUGAACAAGCUCAAUCAUUGAAUGCAAUAGUUUGAGCUAACUUUAUGUCGGAAUCAAUAUGAUCUAUCCACGGUCGCUGAGCAGUGGGCUAUUCCCGCUGCUCCGUCAAUCUCAACGAACGUCAUUAAUACUCAGAAGCCCGGCAAAUCUCCGACCGUUUAGCCAACACUCGCAGCUGCUCCUGCUGUCGCCCGCCUCAGGCCGCCCUCAGUUACCGUUUCUCGCACCGCCUUCAAGCGCUCACAGCAGCAAACGAAAUGGCGGACAAUGGCAGUUUGCCCGGUUAUUGACGACUCGAAGAAAGCGUUUCCUCAAGGAACAAUUAUGGCUUGCUGGGAGAUACACAUUCUUCGGAUGGACUACAGCUGUCCUGCUCUUGAUUAUCGGAUUCGGCGUCCAGAACGAGUUCCUGGAAAGAAAGCAUCCCACCCCCCCAGAAUGGAAAUGGGUUACUCGGAUGAAUUACCGUAAUGCAAAAGCUCAGGAAGAUCCGGAAUUUAACGGCACAGGUCUCGUCGAUUGGGCCUCGACGGGGAACAUGUGGAGAAAUGUGAUCCGGCGGCUGGAAGACCCGAAGAAAGAUGGUGCCGGAGUGAGGGAGCAGAUAGACGGAGGUAUCUACGUCGCUGAUCUGGGAAAGGCAGGCUACAAUGUUCAGCGAAUGUCCUUUGCGUGGAAGAAGGGAUACUAUGAAGCUCUAAUGGGUGCCGCCAAAGCAGCCGAGCAUCUGGAUGGAUGGGUCAAGGAUAACACACGAAAUAUUGCAUUUCCAGGCGACGUCGUCAUCGGGCCGUCGAACCCGAAUCCGAAGCCGAUUCCUUCCGGAGCCAAAUCUCCACCGCGGGAAGAAGAUUGUUCACCCGCAUUUGAAUCUUCAGAGUACUUUUAUCUCAAGAUUUUGACCACAAAGGGAUUCACAGGAAAGGAGAAGCUCGAUGCAGCAUUGGCGUACGCCGAUUGGCUUGACUUCAAGAAGCUCCCGGAAUCAGCAGAAGAGACGUACAGAUGGGCCCUCGAUAUCGCACGUGAUGGCCUGCUCAACCCCGACGAAGUCGUUGAUCCUAAAACUGGAGUCAUUCAUUCACAUGCUCCUCACGUCUCCGCCAAUAUCCUACUAACGUCAACUUCUCUUGCUGUACAUCAUGCUCGCAACUCCAAUGUUUCCGCCGCUCUUCCAAUUUUUCUCUCAGUUCUCCGGGCUCGUCGAGCCCUUCUCCCCGAACCUCCAGCUACUCCGAUAGUUUCUGAAAUUAAAGAUCAACAAAAACCAUCCUUCUUCAUGGGAGUUGUCUCGCUCUUCAAGAAUCUUUUAGUACCACCACCCUACCCACCUCCGCCCCCGACAGGGGAUGAGCCGCCCUAUCGAGACUCGGGCGAGAUCUGCGAGGAAGCAGGCCUCAUGGCAAAUAUCGGCGAGAUCCUGUUCGCCACAGCCUCUUCCAAUGAUGGCCUGGCAUGGACACGAGAUGCGGUCGACAUCGCGGAAGCACAUCUCGUUGACCAUGAAACAAGUGCAGACGGCCGAGCACGCUGCAGCGAAUGUCUAGAUGUUGGCCUCGAAAAUUGGCGUAAAAUGGUCAGGAAGCUGGUACGCGAGGAGCAGGCGCAGAAGAAGCAAGGCACGCCCUCCGGUAUCCGAAGCUGGUUUGGUGGCAGCAGCGCACAGUCGACCGAAGGACGCUGGGCGGCAGAAGAAAAGGUCGUAGACCGUCGUAUGCAGAGAGCCCGCGAGCUCAAGGAGCAGCAUGGCCUUGUUAAAGUGGGCCCCGCCGGUGGCGGACCCCUACUAUUUGGUUAAGGAUUUGGGGUUUCCCAUAGUCCUAGCGGACAGAUUUACCCCUUCUGUAUCUAAAACAUUAACGGAAAUAGGGAUUGAUGGCGUAUUAAUAAGGAAAUG